UCGAUCGAUUUUUUUUCCCUCUUAGGCACUGCCAAUGCAAAUUUUGCUCCCGUUAGAUUGUGAUAUGACUGAAGAUGAUAUCGUCAUCUGGCACAAACCAUAAAAUCAUCGAGCAAAGCCAGAACUCGCUUCAGUUUCAUCCCGGCACGAUGAUUAUUAAUAUCAUUGCAUUUCUAUUGCUCGCAGGAGGAGCUCUCUCCUCCUUACCGGUUCAUGGAUCAAUAUCAAUAAUCGAUGAUGAUGCAAUAUCGAUAAAUUUGCAUGCGAAUAAAUCAAGUGUCGGUGACGAUCUUGAUGACUUGAUCAAGAAAUUAAAAAUAGAAAAUAUAAAGCCACGAAUUCACUUGCAUUUGGGAAAAAAAAUUAUUGAAAUUAUUAAUGGAACUGAUCAUGAACAGGAUUGUUUCGAGACAAAUAACAUCAACGAAAUUUUACGACGCGCAACAUUGUCGAUACGAGAAUCUGGCAGGAAAGAAAUUCAUCAAGAUUCACUCCAACAUGAAGAUUUACAACGUUUCAUUAUUCCUCAAAGAUAUCAAAAUUCUAUGAAUUUUGAUCAAGAAUUUGAAUAUACAUUUUCUCAAAUUCUUUCUGACGUUAAACUUGCGCUUGAAAGUGAAAGAUUAAAUUCAAGAAGUGAACUGCUCUUCGAAUAUACCAAGUCGAUUCAAGAUAGCUUGUUAUGGUUAACUAAACUGCUCGAUUUAAAAUGGCAACGAUUAUAUAAUGAUUUUGAUAACAGCUUUAGAUGGAGACUCUUAAAUUUACAGAAACAGUCAGAAUUCUUUUUAAAAAAUUUAAUCAAGGAGAACCAGUAUGUAAAAAAGAGGGAGCAUUCUGAGGAUAUUUUAAAAGAUGAAAGUAAAAACGGCAUUUCAAACGAAAAGAAAAUUAAUGUUAAGAAAAUAACGAUAUUAAAUGGAGAGAAUAUAAAAAAUCUUGACAAGAUUGAAAUAAAUAAAAAUAAAACUCAAGAAACAAAUAAAAAUAUAACAGAUGACAAGCUCGCAUUUAAAGUUGAGGCGCGAAUCAUGAGCCAUCCACAAUUAUUAAAUGAUAUCAAUAUCUAUGAUUUCGAAAAUAAAAAUCAUUCAAGUCAAAACGUUUUAAUAAACAAAUCUGUUGCAUUUCAAACUGAUUUGAAUAACCGGAAAAACUCGAAAACAAACAAUUCUGGGAUUACUCAUAAAUUCUUUACAACUAAUUUCGAAGACUAUAGAAACCGGUUUAAUGAGGCAAAGAAAAGACGUCCAAUUUUAUCAGGUAAAAAUAUUACGAGCACUUUAAAGGAGAUAGAUAAACAAAAGCACAGUAAAACGCACAUCAUAUUUCGUAAAUUUUCAAGAAAAAAUGUAAUAGAUAAACCGAAAACUCCUUCUCGAAGAAUGUUACAAGUUCUCGUUCCUUCAGAUGAUAAGAAACAAGAAAUUGACGUUUCAAAAAAGAAAACCGAAAGUAAUUCUCGUGAAGAGAUAAAAGAAGCAAGGAUAGAUGGUAUAUCGGCAAUGGACGAGAUUCUAGGAGCUGUAGAUAAAGUCUUGCCGACGGAAAAUCCUGUGGAAAUAUUGUCAAGGGGAUUAAAAAAAACAAUUCCCAGGAUGUCCUGAUGUCAGGACAUUGCGAGAAAAAAUCUCGGAGAGUCUUUUAGGAUUGAAUUUUUAGAAGACACGUCGAGAAUGCAUGAUCGAUUCUACUAAUAAACGAUCAGAUCUUAGAUGUUAGGUACCCGUUUCGAUUUCACACUCACAUAUAAACGAUACAUAUAUUCGAAUCUACAAAUAAGUCUAUAAGACUUUCUAGCGCGUUCCUGGGGGUUAAUUACACGUAUGCGCGUAUGGAGAACGCACAAAAAUAUUAAACAGUACUUGAACAUGUAUGAUAUAUUUUUAUUCCGUUAUUAUUAUUUUUAAUUUUAGUAAAUAUAGCAAUAUUUAAAAAAUGUACAUACCUAUAUAUAUGUUACAAUAAAAUAACACGAAAUAUUAAAUU